ACAAAAUGCAAAUGCUGGUAUGUAAAAUAUGCUAAGAAAUGCAAAUCACAGUUACCUUUUAGACCAUUCUCUUUUAUUAGAGAGAACUCACAUGACAACAGGAAUUUGCUCUCCCUUUUCUCUUAUCCCACCUCCGCCCCCACCCCCUUCAUACACACAAGCACAGUGAGAGCUUAUAGAAGGAAGACAGAGGAAGAUGUAGGGGCAGUGAGUUACAACUGGUAUUCUGCGGAUGGUGUUCCUUAACAGACUGCAGCCUGGUGAACCUUAAACUAUAAAAGCCUCCCGGUGAUCCUGCAGGGGAUUUGUUCAACAUCUCAGGGUCAGACAUUGUCCACAGCCAUCGCUUUAUAGAAAAGCUUGCUUAGCAACCUUGCCUCUGCCUUAUGGCAGCAUGCCAUAAUAAAGUGGAAAAGAUUGUUUGCUCACAAUGUUUCUUUUUAUGCCUUGUGAAUGCCUUGGGAGAUGUACAAAUUGCAGUCAGGUGAGCAAGAGCACUUUUCACAGACUACAGUUUAGAGAAACUGUAGUCUGCCACUAAAUGCAUGAAUGUUGCAGGGUUAAGUCAUAAGGUUAAGUAACAUUUUCUUCAUGUUUUUUUGUGCCUUUAAAACUUGCAUCCCAUUAUUACAGCGUCUCCCCUCGUUGUGCAUUUUAACUGGCAUAUUGGUUGAAACUGUGUAACUGAUGAUAAAACAUGAGAAGAGAGAAAAAAGAAGCAGAAUGCAAGGCUUCUGCUUUUGAAGAGAGGAUGAUAAAAGAGGUAGGAAACAGAUGACUGCUGUGUGAUUUACAAGUGCAUAAGCCCUUCAGAGAAUAACCUAGUUCCAGGGAGCAGGCAGGCCUCCUCUGUAAAUCCAAAUGCUGCAGCAACACUGAACUGAUGCAUUUUUAACUAAGAUUGUUACAUUCAGUUUAAAAGGCAACCUAGCACAAGGAAUUCUCAUGUAAUCUCUGCCUCCUGCUUGUUUCUGCAUUGUGUUUUUCAUUGCUGUAAGUAGCAUCCUUUAGUGAGGAGAGGGUUAAGCAUGUAUCUUUAGGGAAACCUGAAAUGAAGCCAUAUAAUCCACUCCUUUCCCUUGUCUUUGCAGUCAGUCCUGUGAUGUGGCAGCUGAACUGCCUUCCUGACGAUGCCCCAGAGUCCCAUGUCCAGCGAGGAGGAGACGCGGAGUGUUUCCGAAUACCCCGGAGGGGAGUCGGACACGGACAGUUCAAGAGAGGAUACAGUACAGGGUGGGAGGAACAAUCCCACCCCUGCCAGCAACAAGCCCAAAAUGAAUGCAAACCCUGCCAUGGCCACCACUGCCACAACUUCCAGUACCGCUUCUACUCGCAGAAUAAAGGAGCGUUCUCCUUCUCUGCCUGAGGAUUCUCACUUCAGUAUGAUGGUCUUUCGCAUUGGGAUUCCUGACCUUCACCAAACGAAAUGCCUCCGGUUUAAUCCUGAUGCCACAAUCUGGGUAGCAAAACAUCAGAUUCUCUGCACCUUGAAUGAAAGCCUCAAAGAUGUGUUGAACUAUGGUCUUUUCCAGCCAGCAACAAAUGGGAGAGAUGCAAAGUUUCUUGAUGAAGAAAGACUGCUGAGAGAGUACCCACAGUCCUUUGAGAAAGGGGUCCCCUACCUGGAGUUUCGCUACAAGACUAGAGUAUACAAGCAAACCAACCUGGAUGAAAAACAGCUAGCCAAACUGCAUACGAAGGCCAGCCUAAAGAAAUUCUUUGAUUAUGUCCAACAUGGCUCAGCUGAGAAGGUUGCCCGAUUGCUGGAUAAAGGUCUAGACCCUAACUACCACGACACAGAAACUGGCGAGACUCCACUUACAUUGUCAGCACAGCUGGAAAACACUAUUGAUGUAAUCCGUAUUCUUUGUUUGGGUGGAGCACAUAUUGAUUUUCGGGCCCGGGAUGGAAUGACUGCAUUACAUAAGGCGGUUUGUGCCAAAAACUACUUUGCCUUGAUGAUCUUGCUGGACAUGGGAGCAUCAGCAAACUAUAAGGACCGCCGAGGUUUAACACCCUUGUAUCACACAGCUAUUGUUGGAGGGGACCCUCAUUGCUGUGAGCUUCUGCUGUACAACCGAGCCCAGCUUGGCACUAACGAUGAGAAUGGAUGGCAAGAAGUUCACCAGGCUUGUCAGCAUGGACAUGUCCAACAACUGGAACAUCUCCUGUUUUAUGGUGCAGACCCAGGGGCUCAAAAUGCUUCAGGAAACACAGCUCUGCAUAUCUGUGCCCUCUAUAAUAAGGAAGCCUGUGCCCGAAUCCUUCUCUACCGAGGAUGUAGUAAAGAUAUCAAGAACAACAAUGGCCAGACCCCAUUCCAGGUGGCAAUUAUUGCAGGAAAUUUUGAAAUGGGAGAACUCAUAAAGAACCACAGAGAUUCUGAUGUAGUUCCAUUUCAGGAAUCCCCUAGUUAUGCUCCCCGAAGGCGCGAAGGUGUGACUGGAUUGGCAGUGCCUCAUCAUGUAUUACUGAGGGCAAACAGUGACAACAAUCUCAAUUUUCCAGAAUGGUUGACCUUCUCCUCCAGUUCUUCAGUCUCCACUGUACAGCAAGGGCAGAAGAAUUCUAACAGCACCUUACGUAGUUCCAGCAGUCCAAGGGGGGGGCGCAGUAGGUCCCCUUCUAGAAACCGGCAUAGUGAAGAUGGCAAAAAGCAGCCCAGAGGCCGUCCCAGUUCCAGUGCAGGUACAAAGGAUCAGUCAGCAAGUGGAACCCUAAACCACCAUGGCCCAAAGCGCAAACUGUAUUCUGCUGUCCCAGGGAGGGCUUUCAUGGUGGUCAAGCCAUAUCAGGCUCAGGGAGAAGGAGAGCUCUCCCUCGGUAAAGGGGAAAAAGUUAAAGUUCUUAGCAUUGGGGAAGCUGGUUUCUGGGAAGGCACAAUCAAAGGUAGAACUGGAUGGUUUCCUUCAGAAUGUGUAGAAGAAAUAGCAAGCAAAUUUCAAGAAGGAAAACAAGAGAGCCGCAGUGACAAGGCAAAGCGCCUGUUCCGACACUACACAGUUGGAUCUUAUGACAGCUUUGAUGCCCCCAGUGACUACAUCAUUAAAGAGAAGACAGUACUGUUACAAAAGAAAGAUAACGAGGGAUUUGGGUUUGUGCUACGAGGAGCUAAAGCACAGACACCGAUUGAGGAGUUUACCCCAACACCAGCAUUUCCUGCCUUGCAAUAUCUUGAAUCAGUAGACGAGGGAGGUGUAGCUUGGCGGGCAGGACUCAGAAUGGGAGACUUCCUAAUAGAGGUAAAUGGGCAGAACGUAGUCAAAGUGGGACACAGGCAGGUGGUGAACAUGAUCCGACAAGGAGGUAAUAACCUUAUGGUGAAAGUCGUCAUGGUUACCCGGAAUCCUGAAAUGGAGGAAGCAGCUAGAAAAAAAGUUCCACAGCAGACAAAGCGCCUGACCACUCCUGCACUUGCCUUACGUUCCAAGUCCAUGACGUCUGAGCUGGAGGAGAUGGUGGAAAAAGCUUCUCCUUGGAAGAAAAAAGCUGAUUAUGAACCAGCACAGUCAACAGAAAAAAAGAGGACUGUUUACCAGAUGGCAUUAAACAAACUGGAUGAGAUUCUUGCGGCAGCCCAGCAAACAAUCAGCGCAAGUGAGAGUGGGAGUUCCAGUUCAUUGGCAACAUCAGGGAAGUCCAGACCCUCAGGAAGAGGCUACUUUUCAUCAGAGCCAAGCUUUGAUCAGCAUGGAAUGCCAACUGUGAUGCCUUCAGGUUCUCAGGCAGGAUAUGAACGGCCUUCUUUCCUUUCUGCCCCUCCACCGCAGGCGAUGAUGCGGCAGAAAUCAAUAGGUUCUACAGAAGAUGAGAGGCAAUUUCUAGCUCCACCCCCCCUGAAGUUUACAAGAAGUUUAUCUGUACCGAGUUCUGAUGAUAUCCCCCCUCCUCCAACCACAGCACCUCCUGAACCUCCAUUCAAUUCACCUUCUCCUGGAGCUGGGCGAGGGGCUCCUUCUGUUAGAUCUACCUUCAAUCCCAGUGCAGAAGCAAAACUCUACACUUCCAACAUUCGUCAGGAUGCACUUGCCUUUGAACAACAGAUGAAAGAGCGUCAAAACAGAGACAGAGUUCUGCUAUACCACCAAGAUUCAGAUCCAGGUCUUGAUGAGAGGCCUCGAUCCAGCAUGGGAUCCCAGGCCAACCCAAGGACUCGUCGAAGUCAAACACAAGAAAGCCGUUAUGUGAAUGUCCCUGGCAGAACUGUUAACACUGCUAUGUAUGUGCCAGCCAAACCAAUGCGUCGGAAAGGUCAGCUGGUGAAGCAGUCAAAAGAGCAGCACCAGCAGCAGGAAAAGAGUUCCAUUCCUAUACCAACAAUCAUCAUCAAAGCUCCUUCAACUAGCAGCAGUGGCCGCAGCAGUCAGGGCAGCAGUGUGGAGGCUGAAACGCAAGUAGAACAAAUUCCAGCCUUGCAGCCCCAAGAUAGCAUGGACUUCACGAGCCAAUUUGGUGAAGCAAUUGUUGGUGCAGCUAGACGUGACAGGGAGUGGUAUCAGGAGGCCAGGAGAAAGUCAGUCUUAUUUUUAUCCACAGACAUGGGGGAUGAAGAUGCAGAACCCACUCCAACCCCUCGUCUCAAGCAUUCUAAAUCUAUUGAUGAGGGGAUGUUUGCCAAUGAACCUUACAUGCACCUAAAUAUUCCUUCAUCCCUAGGUCUGGCUGGGGGCUUUAGUAUGGCAAGUGGAUUUUCAUAUGAACCCAAGACUGCGAAAGCUAGAGAUCUAGGGUCUAGUGUUUUCAAUUCUUUAUCAACAUUUUCACCCCACAUUCAAACACGUUCAAGUGAGCCUGCAAAUAGUCAGAUGGAGAGUCAUAUUAGUACAUUUAUACACCCCCUAACAGGUAAAGUACUCGACCCUAGUUCCCCUUUGGGAUUGGCUCUAGCAGCAAGGGAGCGGGUGUUGAAGGAAUCACAGACACAGCAGCAAAGCAGAACUGAUGCUGAAGGAAGAAAGAGUCGUCCUACUUCUCCACGUUACGCUAAUCCCAGUAAAGCAGAACUAGAAGCUCGAGAAGAUUCUUCAAAAGAGAUUUGGGCAUCAGGAUCAGAUCAUAAGAAAGAGGUAGAUUACAAGUCCAGUUUCACUAUAUCAAGUAAUGAGAAGCUGGAGAAAAGAGAGGCAGAUAAUCCCCAAAACCUAACACAUGGGUUAAUGCUUGUACAUAAGACUGAAGAAAGCAAAAUGUGGGAAAAGAAGUCAGAAGACAGUGACAAAACAGAAUUGCAUGUCAGAUUCUUGGAUAAUUCAAGAGCAAAUGAUGUGUCAAAAGAAAGAGCUGAGAAAAAUGAGAUACCGCGGAAGGAACCAGCUCUUACUCGCCCAACUUUUAUCAAUAUAAAAAUGGAGUCAACAGAAGGCAACAAAGAUGAAAAUGGACUUCCUCUCAUAGUUCUCCCCCCUCCUGCACCAUCAAUAGAUGUUGAGGAUGAAUUUGUUUUUGGUGAACCUUUGCCCCCACCUCUAGAAUUUUCAAAUAGUUUUGAAAAGUCAGACUCACCUCCAUCUCCUACUCCUGUAGUGCCUCCGCCGCCUCCACCUGAUCCAUCAAAUAACCCUAACUUAGAUUCCACAACAUCUAGUCUUACCUCAUAUGACAGUGAGGUGGCUAAUUUGACCCAAACAUCCUCUGAAACAAAAGAACCUCAUGUCAAUUUUUCAGAUGUUGUGUCUUCUGUUCAAAUUCCAGCCUCAGACACAAUUGAAACUGUGACAGACUCUGGAAUUGAGGAAAUUGAUAGCAGGAGUAGCAGUGACCAUCACUUAGAAACUAUUAGCAGUGUAUCAACUCUUUCAAGCAUGUCUGGGCUCUCAACAGAAGGAAAUGAACUGCUUGACACUUACAUUGCAUAUUUAGAUGGUCAAGCUUUUGGGACAGAAAAACCUCCUGUUCCACCUAAGUUUCGGUCUAGAACUUUCCCAAACAGAAUUUCAGGGGUACUCAGGGAUCCCACUACUUCUACUAGUUCUGCAACCUCCACAACAUGUAGUACAGAAAAUAUCUUUACCAUGACUCCUCCUCAUGGGCCUUUAUCUACAUCAUGUUCUGAGCCUCAUAAAUUACUUGAACAAAAAUCAUCUAGUUUGCCAUGGGAUGAAAGCCCACAUGGAAAGACCUCACCAAUCUCAAGCAUGAAGGCAAGCAUCAUCAGUGAACUGAGCUCCAAACUACAGCAGAUGAGUGGUGUGUCAUGGGCUAGAACUUCAGACCCCGGGCCAUCUCUUUCAACAGACAGUUCAGCCAAGUCAGCGAGAAACAGAAUGUAUUUGACCCAGGACAGCACAAAUGAAAUGCACCACCUUAUUCACAAUACAAUCGAAAGUCAUGAGCCUAUGCCAUAUUCCAGCUGGGAAGACAGGAGUGCAAUGAGGACCUCUGAUGAUUUGUCUCCAUCCUUGACUUCACCGAAACCUGUAAGCAGCUUUUUCCAGAACUGGCCCAAGUCCCCUCUAACAAGUCCAAAGCACCCCAAAACUGUUGACUUUGAUAUCCGUCCAGGCCUGAGGCGGGCCCCAAGUCCCUCUACACCUCCCACAGAACGUAAGAUUAGCCCAAACCCCCGUCCCUCUUCCUUGCCCAUUUUGCCCUCACCUCCAGUGUAUGGUGGAAUGUUUGAUCUCCGAGGAUCCCCAACAUCUGGAGGAGACCCAUUUUCUUCAUUCACAUCAGGGAGCCGAUCCCUAUCUCCUACACACUUCCUGCCUCCACCCACUGAUAAGCCUUUCGCAUCAAAACCCUUGCAUUUUUGGACAAAGUUCGAUGUUGCAGACUGGCUGGAUUAUCUCAACUUAGGGGAGCACAAAGAGCAUUUCCUGGACAAUGAGAUAGAUGGAACACACCUUCCCUCUCUAACAAAAGAGGACUAUAUUGACUUGGGUGUAACCAGAGUGGGACACAGAAUGAAUAUUGAAAGAGCUCUGAAGCGAUUUCUGGAAAGGUGAUUAAGGACUAUAUGGUUAACUUCUGAAAAAACUUUGCUGUAAACAUUCAUCAUGGAACUUGAAUGUACUACAUUUAAAAAAAAAAUAGGAAAACUGCACAGUGUUUUAAUCCAAGUUCUACUCACCAGCUUCAAUUCAGCUAGUGGACAAAGGAUUUAACCCAGGCUCCAAUGCAAAUAGUCCAGCAGCAGGCCUGCUUGCAUAGCUAUGGGCAGACAUGGAACAGAAAGUGGAUGCUGUUAUAGAAUUUUGUCAGGGAGGGAUGCAAACGUUGUCAUGCUGGGUCUGCCAUGAAAAAGAAGUGUGUCCCUCAGAGGGAGUUAGCAGGCUGUGGUUGGAGCUGUUAAUCAGUUGCAGUAUCAGUACUGCUAAAUGAAUAUAUUGCCAAGCAAAAAGUGCUAGAAAGAUCUGAAACUAGCUCCUUAGGAAAGGAAGACUUGGCUUUAAAGUUGCUAGCCAUAAUACAGAUUGUAGCAUAGAAACAGAUUAGCAAUGCUUUCUUUGUGUUCUACCCAAAUGGAGUCUUUCGUAUAUUUGCUUAGAUCCAUAGAAUCAAAGUAUCAAACUUUAGUAGUCAGGCAAGCGAGAGGAGCUGUUUGGCAUAAAUGUUUUCACUGCUAUUACAGUGAAGCCUGAAAAUUUCAGAUGUAUGCAUGCAUAAUGUGUACAAUAUUUGUGAAAGAAUAUAUCUGUAUAUAACUAUAUAGAUAUGUAUAUACAUACACACACAACCCCCCCCCCCCACACACACACACACUCAGUUAGUGUGAUGGUACUGAAAGUGCAUGUCUUGUGCGCAAGUGUGUGUGUAUGCAAUAGAACUGUAUUAAACCUUGAUAAAACUGAUGUCUUCUUUAGGGGCUAAUUGAUGGUUUAAAAUGUUAUAAAAAUGUCUCAUCUAAUGUUGUCAUAAUAACUACCUCAGCUGUUACUUUCCACACAGAGGCCUACAUUAACAGCUACAUGUUGGGUCAAUGGGAACAUUCUAGGCUUACUCCAUGUAUAGAUAUGGCUAAACAGUUAUGUGUGGAAAUACAGCACUGUCCAACAGACAACAUGGAUGUAAAUUACUACUUGAAGAGCACCACAAAACCAUUAUAAUAUAGUACUGGCCAGCGGGUAAUCUAGAAAAAAUGUUUUCACUCACCAGUUUAAGAAUGGUGGUAGAAUUGAUGAACACAUUAGGCAAAGUUUAUAAUAACAUGCAUAAGAAAGGAUGCUUUAUUUGCAGCAAAAAUGGGUACAUGAAAAUGUAAGUACUAAUGAGAAAUUAAAACUUUCCUAUAUUUUACAUAGUCUCACAGCAGCCAUUAGUAUGCAAUGAAUUGUUGCAUUGUGACACAAAUGUCUACUUUUAGUGUUCAAGAGUGAUGAAGCCUAGCAACUGCUGAGAACAUUAAAGUUGUAAUAUACAAGGAUAGCUUUAGUGUUUCUAUAUGAGCUUGUGUGUGUGUGUGUGUGUGUGUGUGUGUGUGUGUGUGUGAGAGAGAGAGAGAGAGAUUCUGUGACACAUGCAUAUACAAUGUCAAUAUUGUUUUUAAUGAGAAUCCACUGCCUGAAAAUUAAGUCAUACAGUUUUAUUCCAGAAAAACAGUCCAUAACAUGUUGUAAUAGUACUGCAUCUUCACACAUAAAUUCUCAUUUACAAAAAAUUCCAUUACAUUAAUUUUGGAAUAUUCUGCUUGGUCAGAUGGACUCUUACACUGUAACGAUGUAUAUCAUCUCUACAUCUGGCAGACAGCUUAGUGACUGUGUAUUUACUCUUAAUGUCUUAUUUAUGUUUUCACUCUAUUUAAAUUUUCAUUAACUAUUUACUGGGGGCACACAAAGCUCAGACAACUAAAACAGAUCGUGAAUAUCUUAAUUAGCAACCAGGUUGUAUUGUAAACCCUAUUCUAUUAUAAACGCUAGUGAAUUAAAAUAAUACAUUUUCAGGGGAGAUAUGCUUGGAGUUAAGAAUAAGGCCAGUAUUAUUCUCGAUGUGUGUAAUCAUUUUAAGAAAAUUGCGCAACUUACUAUACAUACAUAUAUGCAUUCCACUACUUAUUUAUAUGUCUGUUUAUAUUACACACAUACAAACCGCGUAUGUGAUUAUGCAUAUAUGCCUAUAUCACAUUGUUUUUGACAUGUCACAUUUCACCAAGUUCACUAAUUAAGGUUAACCUCUCAGUUGUAAGGAUAUCCAGAAAACUAUAUCUACAAAGUGUUCCACUGGUAAUGUUUCCUGUCAGGGAAAUGCAAGAAAUAGCUACCUGAUAAGAAGCACAAGGUUUUAUAAGAUGGUUCUUUUAGAACUCUGUUUGGCUAUUCCAUUCAUGUUGUACACAUAAUGAAUGAGUGAGAGAGCAUUUUGCCUUUUUUUAAAUUUAAUUUGAAAAUAUCCUUAAAUUAGCUCAGCCUGUGGUUAAAAGAUAAAGACUUACUUCAAUUUGAACAUAUCCUUAAAUCACUUCAACCAUUAGUUAAAAGAUAAUGAUUUAGUUAAUCUAUCUGCCGUUUCCUUAAUACAGUAUUGCACUAAAUAGGCAAUCCAUUUUAAAAGUGAAUAUAUUACAUACACUGUGAGAUAACAUUCAGAGAGGUGGACAGAUAGACAUAAAGAAAUGUAAAUAAACAGAAACCUAUACUGACUGAUCUCUAAGUACAGAAAUGAUUUUAAAGUAUCUCAUGGCAUCCAUUUUCCAAGUGAUAUGGGUUUUAGCAUGUAGUAUUGCUUCACAGUUGCCACAGCCUGUCUGAAUCUAAAGUUAGAGAUACCAUCUUUUUCAUUACUCUUUUGUCUUUAUGUUUUUAAACGAUAGUGCUUUUGCAGAGUUCAUUUGGGUGUGUAACACACAAGCUCUGAUUCAAGUAAAGGAGAGGCCUUAUGACCUGAAAUUUUGUAGGCUUCAGAGAAUAGUUAGCUUUCCAAGUUCUUCACUUAAAUGUAGUCCAUUCAGUAGAUACCUGUCGGAUAUUGGCCUGACUCCAAAGUCCCUACAUUAAUUUAUUUCUUUUCAUAGAAUUGUGAAUAGAGUCUCAAAAUCUAGGGUAAUCUUCUGGAGAUUUAUACAAUUCUUCAGUUAUUGAAAAUUGCUGAAGUUUUUAUUUAAAUAAAUAUGAGCAUCAGACCAUUCUACUUUAGGAUUCUUUUUUUCAAUUUCUUUGUUUAUAUAUUUGCAUAAUGUGCCUCUGAGUGAGACUAAAGUGACAGUGAUUGACAUAUGUCAUUGUGCUAUGUCUGUGUUGGGGAAAGUCAUGGGGUAUGUGAUGAACAUAUUCAGUUAACACUACUCAGAGAUGUUGAACUGGAAAUGUAUGGGUGGCCUACAAGCCACUGUUUAUGCAGUUCUUACAGCAUCAUGUUUUUCAGUUUUUUGAUUUUCAGCUAAGUUUUACUAAGAAAUGUGAAAAAAAUGCAGCAAAAUCCCAUCACAAAGCAGAGAAAAACUGCAUUAUACCUCAAAGUAAAAUGUAGUCAUUGCAAAAAGGACAAGACACUUUUUAUGCUUUACUGGAAGGCUGCAGUUAUAAUUUGGAAAGUUGCUGAAACGUAUUCAUAAUUAUGAAAUUUAGACAGGUACAUUGAUGUUGACUACAGCAUUUCAUGAAGAUGUCAUAUCAUUGUGUCACUGCAUGCUUUGGCCUUUGUGCCUUCACUAGAAACAGGUAUGUAUUGUGCAAUAUGGGGUAAGAAAGACCUAUGAAUAAUAAAAUAAGAAGAGAAAGAAAUUAUUUUGUUACCCCUGUGCACUGAAAGGUUUUUACUGUCUUUGCUGUUAAUGUCUUUUUUGUUAUUUAGAAAAGAGAGAGAGCAAGACAAUUUUGAUACACCUAUGGCACCAAUGGCUUUUUGCAGUCUGUUUUGCUAGUGCCUAUAUAUUAAGUAACUUAGUUUUAUUUCUGUGCAGUCUAUUUAAGUUAAAGGGAAACAGCUACUCCUUUCUGAUUUAUAAAUAAAUGAUGCAUUAGGCAUUUUCACUUAAAAUUACUUUUUUGGUUGAAUGCUGACCCUCUCUGAAACAUUUGUUUUAGUGGUCAUUUUUUUUUAAUUGCUGCUUUUUUGAAGAAGGUAUCCCUGCCUGAAAUAUAAAUUUUUUAAGUUCAGUAAUGUCCAAGGCCAUGUAACAAACUGCAGCUGACAGUCAAAUGUGCUCAUGUGAAACAUAAAGCCAAUGCAAUGUGAUGUGUCAACCCCACAGCCUAGAUGCUGUGCAGUUUGUGUAGGAAAUUACAUGGUCUAGUGUAUAAGUGUAAUUUGCCAAGGCUACUGUGUUAUUUUUAAUCCUAGCAGUAACAUAAUUAUUUUAAUAUACAUUUGCUAAAACUGACUUGACAUAAGGAACAAAGUGGGGACCGUGGAGUACCUAGCUGGUCUUCAGUGCCACAAAAUAUGUAAUUCAUCUGAAAGUUAACUGUAGAUGCCAUGAGCAAGCAUGGCAGAGCCAAUGAGAAGGAACAUUUGUGAAACACUCUUUCUACUUUCUGCAUUAUUUCAUAGAUGUUCAUCCAUCAUUAUAGGUGAAAUACUUUUUUCUGUUACUCACAGUGCCACGUCAGGGAUACAGAUAUGUAUUGUGGAGUAUUUCUAAGGGAGUGUUUUGUGUCUCGCUCCAAGCAUCUGCAAAUAGCAGUGUUUUUAAGGGCUGUCUAAUUCGCUGCUUGAUCUUUCCUUUUCAGGAAAGAGAUGUUUUAAACAUGUGAACAAAAAAGAAUGUCUUCCAAAUUGUUAGAAGGAUACAGAACCAUUUUUUGUUAAUGUCUGUCAGUUUUGUGCCACUGAGGGAUACUUUUGCUAUCUACACUUUGUUAUGGGGGUAUUUUCUUUCACUCAAUCCUUUCAUCAUUGUAGAGUUUAAAGCUAUUUUAUGUACAGAUUAUAUCAAGUUCCUAGCUUAUUUUUUUGUAUUGUGCUGUCUUAUUUUCUAAGGAUACUAACCUGAUGUACCUCUGUAUUUGUGCACCCAAAGCAGUCUCUGGUGACUUGUGCCAUUGGUCUGUUUUGUCAUUUCAAGGCUUGUUGGUUGAGAUUUCAAUGCUUUUUUAUAGGCAUUGAGUCUAUCAGCUUUCUGAAAUGGCCCUUGACUUCAUGAAGUAUUCCUUGGUGGACUCAGUGAUGACUUUUUCCAAAUGUUUUAGAUUCCUUAGGGAAAAAACAGUGCCAAAAUAUGAUGGUAAGAUAUUAUUGCAUGUAAAUGGCUUUUGAGAUAACUUUAUGCAGCUUGCAAGGAAAAACAUGACACAGCAUUACUCUACAUUAUAAGCAAGCAAGAAAUGAAGCAAGGAGAUGUGAACUUACUGGUGUAAUAAAACAAAAGACAGCCUGUUGUGUAUUCAACAAUAUAUAUGCUUCAGUAAUUAGCUUAUAGAGAGCACCAAUAUAUUUGUGAUGCUUUUGUUGAAGGAUUUGUUUAUACAAAUACUAGAAUAUUUUUAUUUGGGCUUCACAUAGGUUAUUCUCGCCCCAUGUUGCUACCAUUCAAAAUGUUUUCAUAUACAGACUGUAUUCUAAUUUCUAAAGCUAUUUUAAUUGCUUAAAAUGUACAUUACUGAAAUCAACAUUCCAUACUGAAAUAUAACAUUGAUUUUACUGUGACUCUUCUGGGUGGCACUUACUUUCCAGGAUGUGCUUUUUUCUGUUCUCUGGAAGAGAUUUGAUUGUUUCACUCUGCUCUGCAUUUUAUAUUAGUACUUUGCCUAACCAUGCAUCUCUGUUGCAAAAAAAAAAAAAAGGGAAGGGAAAAUUAGUGGGCUGAUUUACAGAUUCAAAGAGUGAUGGUACAGAGAGUUGUAUCUUGAGUUUGCUUAUUUCUAUUUGUUUAUCUAGCAAACAAAAGGCUGCCAUUUUUCUUCUGCUGCUUUAUCACAGUAUCAUGGCCACACUUCCAUUUUCUCCUUGUUGCAUAUCACAGCAAUCAUGAAUUCAUCAGUACACAGAGAUGCUAGUUCAUUUUGUGAAGUAUGUCAAUACUUUUCCUUAUGUAACUUUAAGAAAAGCUGUAUUUUUCUUUUUUUUUUUGCUGAACAUUAAAGUGGUUUUACCCCUCCUGCAUGGCAAACAAAAAUCUCUUUCAGUUUGCCUUACACUAUGCAGUGCCAGAAAGGAGAAAAAUUUGCGACAUUUUGUAGGGUUAUAGAAUGAAGUAUUGCCAUAUAAAGUGGAAUUCCUCUUAGACAAUAUAUGUCUGAGGAACCUAGUAGCUGUGAAGCCAUGUUCACUUCUUCUGAGUGCUGAGAGAGAUUAUAAAAGCAGAGGCUUAUAUCAGCAAAUCUUUUUCAGUGUUGUAAGAUCGCCAUCUGUAUGCUGAAAUAGUAAUCAAAGUCUUAUCCAAAACCAGUACAUCUGUCCCCUCUUAAUGUUAAAACAAACUAAAAUGUAUUGUGUAGGUAGAUCAUAGAAGCAGUGAAGUUUGUAUCAGUGGAGUCCAUUGGUGACUUAAUUACACACAUUGUUUUAUUGAACUUGUGCAUUAACUCCACAGUUCUAGGGGCUCCAGGUCAACAGUUCUUUAUUUAAACUGUAGGCAUAACACUUUAGAGAUAGUUAAAAGACGUUAUUUCUGAAAAGUGUAGUGGACCAGAUUAUAAAAAGCUUUUGUUGGACUGCAGAAAAAGCUUAUAGCUCACUUCAAGCUAACAUGGCAGAUACCAAAAAAUGUUUCUGUUGUGUUUAAACAGAUUGUGACACUGAGUGCGUUGUUUGUGCUUUAAGCCAAACUAGGGAAAACAUAUUCAUCUUGAAGUUAUAAGUUUUAUUCCAUCUACCUACAUGUGGAUGUUCUCUAACUUUAAGCACUUCAGUUAACUAAAAAGUACUUGUGGGUCACCUGAAAAGAGGCAAUUGUGAGUAGUGGGUUUACAUGGUUACCAAAUAAAACAAAUUCCUCAUUUUGUCAUUUGGAAUUCAGUUUUUCACACCAAGAAUGCUGGAGAGGCAUUUGAUGGCUUUGACAAUUGGGUAAGUUUCUGGUUUACAAAAGGGAAUGCAGAUACUGUGAAGCUAAAAUAAAAUAUAUUUAAGUUAGAUAGUCAUACUGCGGAUGUGCCUCUUUACCUAACAUAACUAAAAUCAAAAACUUCAAACUGAUAAGGGCAACGAGAAGCUCAGCAAACAAUGCUGAAGCUAAUUCGCUUAAUGGAGAAGCACACUUUGUUGAACAUUCUAAAUAUUUAUGAAUGCUUUAGUCAGCACCCUCAUUACAAGUGCAAUUUACAGUUAGUCAUAGGCUGAGCAGCUUGAUGCUAGGGAACAUUCAGCUGUUUUGUGCAUUUUUUGAAUCUGACACAAAAAGUCUGGCAUUUGCAUAUAUCUGAAGGCAUAAUUCAAUAUCAUUACCUGUCAUACCAUCACCUGCAUUUCAAAGUACAGCACUUCUUUGAAUCUGUUAAGAGGGACUUUUUCUCUGCCCCUUCCCGAUCAAUGUACACUUCAUAACUUAUCACUUUUACAAUGACUGUUUAACUGUGCUAUACUUACCUCUCCUUUGUACCUAUUUGGUAAGAACACUAACUGCUUCUCCUACAGUAAGCAGUGACUGGACAUUGAUGUCCCCAAAACUGACAGAGCAAUGCAUGGUCUUGUUAAUGAACAAGGUUUCACAGGAGGUGUUUUACUGUGGUUUAAUGGUGUGCCAAAGGAAAAGACUCACAUGAUGAACCUGAUGACAUUUUUACAAGAAAUGUGCUAUCCUUGCAGUUUUAAACCCUCAUGUUCAUUAUUUUCAUAAGAAGAUUUUUGCUUGAUAUGCUAUAUUAGAAUAUGUAAUACAGUUCAGGAAUAUAACAAAAAUGCUGUUGUUCACUGUUGUGCUCUAAUAAUAUAUUGUAUUUUGACAAUAUUCUAUGAAUUAUAGCACAGGAUAGUCACAAACCAGGUUAAUAAUCAUUGUUAUGUAACCUGGUAUUAAGUACACAUACCUAGUCUGGAAUGUCUAAUAUGCAAAGGUUAUAUUGUUUGUGUAAAUAGAGUGAAAUAUUUUAUGUAUUGUUAGACUCAUAAUGUUGGGAAACAUCAGGAAAUUUACUGAUGAACUCAAGGCUGGACUGAAGAAGAGCAGAAUGUGAAGAAACUCAAACAAUUCUAAAAUAAUAAUAAAAAAAAAAACUUC